CUAGGUAUUUUGAUUCCUUAAAUCUCAGUAUAACUCGUAAUGUGGAGUUGUGAAUACUGGGUACUCUCCCCUGUUGCUCAAAAUCCAAAUGUAGACCCCUUCCCCGAUGGCCUUUAUCUAGUUGGAGUUUCGAUUUCGUUAUCUUUGCUGCCCACCUGCGACGCAACAAAUAAACACACCACAACAAUAGGAAAUAGUAACAACAUCAGUGGAAUUUCUAAACAGAACGCCACAAUUUCGGGCAAAGCAGCUGAGCGUUCUACCGCAAUUGACACAAGAUCAAGAUAAAACGCAGCUUGCUGUACAGAUAUGUCUAAUGACUAAGCCAACAUAAUCAGCUAGAAAUAAAUAGGACCGUGCAUGACCGCGAGUGUCCUAUAUUUGUUGAAAAAUCUGCUCCUGCUCUUGUGUUUCGUUCUAUGUUGUUUAACGAUGUGUCUGCUUCGUGAAUUGAAUAUUUUCUGAAAUCACGAACUAGAGUGGUUCUGCUUUCUAGUAAAGUACGAUUUCUUUGAGAGAUAUUCAGGAUUACACAGCGGUACAUUAUUAUAAACGAAAAAGAAACUGAAUUCGAUGAACGACUGUUGAGUACGCUCAGAAACGGUCGGCUGCUGCUGGCGAAGUGCCGAAUCGGGUUGUGAGUCAUCCAUCCGUCGUUAGUUUAGUGCAGAACUCUGGGUGUUGUGAGCGCUGCAUUGGAGUGCGCCUUUGGAGGGAAAAAAUCUAUCUCAGUUAUGGCUGGCGGUGGAGGACGCACACGUCACGACUCCGGGGUGGAGACCGAUUCAGACGGCUCAACUACUGCGAUGUCUGUCGGAUCGCCUCCGCACCGAAAUAACUAUCCAUCAAGCAAUCAGCUUGAUGAGGGAAUAAUUGAUGCACCUUCUGUUUCGGACUUGCCUCCUCAGGAAGUAAAGCUACUGGAGAUUCCCCGACCCCAACAGAUGGACAUGUGUCCGUUAGUCAAUGACAAUUCGGGACUUCCGCUAGCAGCUGAAGAAAGGAUGUCGCUCAAGGAGGGCAUCAUUUCGAUUCCACCUUUGAAGAAUAUUGACAAUGGAACGGAAAACCAUACUCAACAGUUCUUUCUUGAAAUGAAGCCAAGUAAUAAACCAGCGGCCCCGUCAUCUGACGACUGUUCACAGUCUAUAGGAGGUGGGAAAAUAUUGAAACACCCGACGUGCCGAGGACGCGUGAGUCGAGUACGAGCUAACUGUAUGUAUCCGAAGAAGCCUCCGAGAAAGAGUGAUGAUAACGCUCUUCGGGAAGCCGCAGCAGCAAACGAUGUGGCCCGCUGUGAAGAACUGCUAAAAAAUGGUGCUCGCGCCGAUGCAUGCGACAGUCGCCGAAGGACGGCCUUACAUUUCGCUGCAACUAUCCGUGGGGGAGUUCCGUUGGUUAAUCUUCUCCUACGUCAUGGCGCUGAUCCCAAUGCUCAAGACGUUGCCGGAAAUACACCCAUGCACCUCGCAAUAUGCAUUCAUAAUGGCCCAGUAAUUCAGGAGCUUCUCAACCAUGGCAGUGACCUUACAGCGGUUGAUCGUUCCGGGCGAAAUCCCCUACAGUUGGCCACAAACAGACUCCGGCUAAUUCUGGCAGAGACGUCCAAGGGCGCACAAGGCAGCUGUCGACAUGAAGUCUCUGAAGGAGCUCGUAAAGAAACUCUCAAGGUAAGUUUUCUCAAGUUGUUUGCAUUCAACAACUAUGAACUGAUCUAGUAAGUUGGUUGAGAACAAGGCCUUCCUUCCGACUAAUUCCUAUUUGUUGUCAACAUUGAUCUUAGUUAGCCCGAAACACCCUUUAUAGCGGUCUUCUUUUAAACAUGUUACCGCGGUUUUCAACUACAAUUUUUCAACGUAUCAUUUGAAUCAUUUUAUUAUAUUACUUUUUUUUUAAUUAAGAAUUUUGUAGAAAUCUAAGACCUGUUUUAAGUGGUUUAAAAUUA